AUCGCAAACGUCACCUCUUGCAAUCACUUGCUUUUUGUUUUGUCUCGAUUUUUAUGGCAUUUUAAUUUAAAAUAUAGGAAGUAAAAAUGCGAAUUACAAACUUGAGACGCGGUAGAAUAUUUCGUACGGCCGCAAUAUGUGUAAUUCUAAUAGUUUUAAUUUACGCUUUGCAUAGUUAUACAAAUUUAAACGGCGAGGACCCAAUAAACACCGUACUUUCAAAUGAUCUGCCUGCCUAUUAUAAGUUUCACAGAGAUGUUUAUCCAACGUUAAAAACCGAGCUGGGUAAUUAUGAACCUAAGAACAAAGUGUCAGUGAAAGGUCCAGGAGAAGAUGGCCUCCCGUACCAUAUGCCACAAGAGCGCGCCAAUGACGUGGCUGACUCUGAGAGCAAAUAUGGCAUGAAUAUUGCUGCCUCAGACGAUAUUGCUAUGAACAGAUCUAUACCAGACACGCGGUUGGAAGAAUGCAGAUUUUGGCAUUACCCCCAAGACUUGCCCAGCACGUCGGUCAUCAUAGUAUUCCACAACGAAGGCUUCACGGUUCUCAUGCGGACGGUCCACAGCGUCAUCGAUCGCUCUCCCACACAUGUGCUGCAUGAAGUUGUAUUGGUAGAUGACUUUUCUGACAAAGACGACUUAAAAGAAAAUUUAGAUAAUUACAUAAAAAGAUGGCACGGCAAAGUGCGAGUAAUAAGAAACACUGAAAGAGAAGGUCUCAUACGUACCCGAUCUAGAGGCGCCAAAGAAGCCACAGGAGACGUUAUAGUGUUCCUAGAUGCCCAUUGCGAGGUCAAUGUCAAUUGGCUGCCUCCGUUACUUGCUCCCAUCUACAGAGACUACAGAAUCAUGACUGUCCCGGUUAUUGACGGCAUUGAUCAUCGAACAUUUGAAUACAGACCGGUCUAUCAACAUGGGACAAACUACAGAGGCAUAUUCGAAUGGGGAAUGUUGUAUAAAGAGAACGAAGUACCAGAACGGGAAGCGGAUUUGCACAAGCAUAAAUCCGAGCCCUACAAAAGUCCAACACACGCUGGUGGACUUUUCGCUAUAAAUAGGCGGUACUUCCUUGAAAUUGGCGCAUACGAUCCUGGUUUAUUAGUAUGGGGUGGUGAAAAUUUCGAACUUAGUUUUAAAAUUUGGCAAUGCGGCGGCAGUAUCGAAUGGGUGCCUUGUUCAAAAGUGGGACACGUGUAUCGAGCGUUUAUGCCGUAUUCCUUUGGUAAUUUGGCGAAGAAUCGUAAAGGAUCGCUUAUCACUAUAAACUAUAAAAGAGUUAUAGAGACUUGGUUCGAUGAAGAACACAAAGAAUACUUCUACACGAGGGAACCUAUGGCGAGAUUUUUAGACAUGGGAGACAUAACCGAUCAAGUGGCAUUGAAGAAGAAGCUGCAGUGUAAAGACUUCGGUUGGUACAUGGAAAAUGUCGCUUACGACGUGUACGACAAAUUCCCGAAGCUCCCGAAGAAUGUGCACUGGGGUAUGGUGAAGAAUAAAGCAUCUGGUUUGUGUCUAGACACUAUGGGCAAAGCCGCACCAGCUUACAUUAGCACGUCAUCAUGCCACGGCGCGGGCAACAACCAGCUGUUCCGGCUGAACGAAGCGGGCCAGCUCGGAGUGGGCGAGCGCUGCGUGGAAGCCGACGCGGACAGCGUGAAGCAAGCUAUCUGCAGGCUCGGCACUGUGGACGGGCCUUGGAGGUAUGACGACCUACACAACCAUUUAGUCCACCGUUUGCACAGCUACUGUCUCACUUUGCAACCCCAUACAAGGACCCUGGGUCUCGCACCGUGUGACCCUAACAACACCUACCAACAGUGGACUAUUACACACAAAAAACCUAAUUGGUGAAAGUGACUGUAGAUUUGUUAGGUUCAAAAAAAAUUCGGUCAAACCAACGCGCAAAUUGUGAUACAUUUCCAGAUAAGAUCCGCCAUUUUGUGCUCGGCUCAUUUCUACAAAAUGGCGGACGUCCAAAAUUAACAUGAAUUAUUGAAUUAUUUGAUUAAUGUAUUCUUUAACUAACCUACUCGUAGCUUUCAAUUUUCAAAAGUUGUUAACAAUAAUUAAAAUUAAUUAAAAUUUAUUUUAAACUUUAAAUCUCUAAAAAAGUUACGAGUACAUAAAAAAAAUAGGUUGGUUUGGCCUUUAAAAUAUAAUCACAAACUGCCUGUAUAACUUUAGAAUUAAAAUCUGCAAUAUUUUUAUAUAUUUAUAUAUCAAAUAUCAAAUAACCAUUAUAUUGCCCAUACGAAAAUUUAUGUGUAUACAUUAUUGUAUACAUUUGUCAAAAAACUGGAGUUAUUAUGUAUAUUAGUUAUACAUUUAUGUAAUACAUAAUUGUCCAGGUUCAAACCAAUCGGUGCAACCUGUUGUAAACAAUUGCUUACAUAUUAUUUUUUGUAGAAUAAAACAAUGUAUUUUUCAUAAUUCUAAAUAAAUAUAAACACGAAAACGACUUGCAAAUUAAUUGAACAAUAUAUAAUUAUUAUUUAUUUUAUUUAUAAAAACUAGACCAAGACGCAUUUAAUGGUUAAUCUUUUACCUACCAUUUUGAUGAUGAAUUAACUGAUUUAUAAACUAUAAAAAAUAUUUAUGUUUUAUUUAUUAUUAAUGUAUUUUUCACAAUUCUAAAUAAAUAUAAACACUUGCAAAUUAAUUUAAAAAUAUAUAAUUACUAUUUAUUUUGUUUAUAAAAUUAGACCAAGACGCAUUUUAUUGUUUAUCUUUUACCUUUUUGAUGAUGAAAUAACUAAUUUAUAACCAAUAAAAAAUAUUUAUGUAUAUACUUGAAUAUUAUUUAAUUAUUAUGUAUUGUUUAUUACAAUUAAACAAUCCUUUUUGAGAUUAAAUUGGAAACACAAAAGACAUUGCAUUUUUGUACUUAAUCUGUACAUACAUUUGUAAUUUGUUUUUAAUUAUAAAAUAUAUAUUGGAUUUAAAUUAAAUUAUAAUAACUGCUAAUUUAGUUGCAAUAUAACAAAUUCAAUUCGUUCACUCAAUCACCAGUUUUACUAAAAGCAAAAAAAGAAAAUUAAAUUAGAAUAUUUGCUCAUAUACUUCAUAUAUCUACUUUUGAACGUCUGGUUUGCUUUGUAUGUAGUGGUAAGAUGUACAGACUAGAGUUUGACUGUAGAAGGCGGUGCCAAAAGACAAAAUAUACUUUAAGAGCCUAUUUAGCCUUCAAACCGAUCAAUGGAAAUGACAUAGGUGCGAUGGUAUUUUUCGCUUUUUAGAGAAAUACAUCUUUGAAGUCGAUUAUAUAUUAUGUUGCUUAUUUUUUGGGGGUAGGACGAGGUAAACUCACACAUCGAUUAUAGUUAACACCAAUAAAUAUUAUUUGUGUUCUUACAUUACACACAAACGCACUUGCUUCAUCAUCUUACCACUACAUCGAAAGCCAAACGGAAUUCCCGGAAUAGAUUGACUGUACUAAAGUCUCGAUUUCCUAGUUUGUUAUAUCUACAUCUGAAUUAGCAACUCUAGUACUUAUUUAAGAAUAUAUUAGUGGUCGAAAUGAUAUUUGUUUACCUUCACGUUUUAUACCGUUUUUAAUAACCUAGCUUACUUAUACUGUGUCCCUAGUGGGACUUUUCAAUAUUUUCAUACUUUUACUACCGCGUUACCCCUACUCUACCAUACCCUGCCCUACCCCUACCCCUACCCUACCCCUAUCUAUCGAUUUUUAGCUUUCUACUUUGAAAAUUGCGGAAUGCUCCAUAUAAACUUCCACCCCCAUUAUAGGGAAAUGGGGGGUCAGAAAGUUACAUAAAGUAGCCUAUGUCUCUCUCCAUCCUUUUAACUAUCUCCACUUAAAAAAUCACGUCAAUUCGUCGCUCCGUUUUGCCGUGAAAGACGGACAAACAAACAGACACACACUUUCACAUUUAUAAUAUUAAGUAUGGAUUAUACUUAUACUUAAAUAGACAGGUUAUUAAAAACGGCCAUUAGAAUUGUAGCUGUAUAUUUUUAUUAAACAUUUAUUUGUUCUAUGAUAUUUGAAAAUGUACUUUGGAUAUUAAUAUUGCCUUGUAUAAUAUAACUAGAUUUUAAAAAAAACAUUUUAGGUAGGAUUACUAUAAGUUUACGUGGACUCGAUAAAUCCGAUAUUAUUUAUAACGAUUUAUGAAAAACUAAUAUUUCUAUAGGUAUGGCCUGACUAGAAAAAUAAAAUACAUACUUGGAUUGAGGGAACCACAAAAACCUACUUUUCAGUUGUCUGUGCAUAUUGUUAUUGUUUUGUUUUUUUUGUGUUGUUAUUGGAAGAAAUGAAGUUUAAAAGAGCUGCAGAUCAGAGCCGUAAAGCCAAUUUAGUGAUGACCGAAACAUGGUGAGGGUUUUUUUUCUGGUCAGGCUACAUUAUUAUACUCAGAGGUACAAUUAUCCACUUACUUUAACACACUCGUGUCAAAAUAAAGCGGGCGGAUAAUGGUGCCUCUGAGUAUAUUAAUUAGGCACUGCUUUAUUAAUUUUUAUGGAACUUGACUUUUUUGCAGAUUUAUAGGUAUAGUAAGUAAUGAUUAUUUUGUAUGUCUUUCACAAUUUGGUCACAAAACUCAGCUCUCUCACGUAUUAUCUUUACUUUCAAAUCUAGUUUGUCUCGACAUGAUCCAAUUCUUACUAAUAUUAUUACCAAAGGGGUAAUUCACGCAAAUCCUAAACGAGCAUAUCUAGUGCUAUCCUUUUCACAUCGUUCUCUAUUGAAAGAGUCAGCACUAAGUACUUUUAGAGCGGUUAAUUUUGUUUAGGUCUAUUAUUUAUGUACAACUUAUUUUAUUAGCUAUUCUACAAAAACAAAAAAGUCGACUAAAAUACGUACUGAUAAACCAUUUUCUUACAUGAUUAAAUUUAGUUUUAUUUUAAGUUCGUUUCUCAGAUUUUUUAAUAUUGUCUCGACACUAAAAAAAUAUUUUAUAAUUUUCAGACAGCAUUUAACAAUAGGUUUAGUAUAGGUACGUUAAAUCUUUUUUCCUUAUUUUAAUGAAAUAGAAGUUAAGUUAAAGUUAAUUUAUGUUAAUUAUUAUUAUUAUUAAAAUGCACCUUCACUUAGCACAUCAACUUGUAUUAUAUGUAUUUUGUUCUGCAAUUUACUUAAAUCUAUUAUAUAUUCCAGGGUUCACUUUUUUAUACCUUUUCUCAACUUUUAUAUUAUAUUAUUAAUAUAUGAGUAAAAAGUUAAUAAUACUUAAUCUAUAAUUAGGCCUGCAAUAUUUUUCAAUAGUAGUAUAUUUAGUUUAAUCUAAUGUAUUAUUAGAUACUUCUCAAACUCCUGUGUUCAUGUAUUAUUGGUGAUUUUGAAAAUUGUAAUUUAUCUAUAAUUUUUAUAUAUGUAUUUAGAUCCUAUGAUCGCUAAAUACGAUAUGAUUGAGUAAAUUGCAUUAAUAAUUGAGGUUAAAAUAUGUAUUUUGAAAUUAAUUACGGAGGCGCCAAUGCGUAAAUGUCUCGCUGUUCUACCCUCUUUAAUUAAUUAUUCGAACUCAGUAGCGAAAUCGUUUUUCUCUCUCUCUAUCUAACGCGAUACUAUAGAUAGAGAUAGACAAUUUCGAAACCUAAAAGACGAAUAUCGAAGACUAAAAUUUUUUUAACCACGAGUUCGCAAAAGGUCAAAAAUAUUGCAUCUGACUAUACUCGUAUAAUGUGUCUCUAAACUGGCGAUCAUUCGAUCAAAUCCAUUGAUAAAUCGUGUUCAGUUUGUUUAACAACAAACUGUUGUUUGUUAUAAAGUGGAAGUUUUGUAUAUAUAGGUAUGUAUCACAAUUCACGGUAUGUAAUUUUUUAUUACAAAAUAAAUAUUUAUUGUUUAA